AUGUACUCAGAGAAUCAAACUUCAAGCGCUGGUUUCAUCCUGGUGGGAAUUUUUGGGUCAACCAAAUUUUCAGUCCUCCUCUACAGCCUGUCCUUCAUCUUUUUCUUGAUGGCCCUGACUGGGAAUGCUAUUCUCAUAAUCCUGAUCCAUACAGAACCUCGACUUCACACCCCUAUGUACUUUUUCAUCAGCCAGCUCUCUUUCAUGGAUCUCAUGUACAUAUGUGUGACUCUCCCCAAGAUGCUUGUGGACCAGGUCACAGGAGAUAAUACUAUCUCCCACCUAGGUUGUGGAAUCCAGAUGUUCUUCUACCUGACUCUGGCUGGAACAGAGUUUUUUCUCCUAGCUGCCAUGGCCUAUGACCGAUAUGCUGCCAUUUGUCGACCUCUCCAUUACCCGCUGCUCAUGAACAAGAGAGUCUGCCAAUUGCUUGUAGCAGGAUGCUGGUUCCUGGGAACGGUGGAUGGCUUAUUGCUGACCCCAAUUACCAUGAGUUUCCCCUUUUGUCACUCCAGGAAAAUCAUGAACUUCUUCUGUGAAGCCCCUGCCCUGCUGAAACUCUCUUGUUCUGAUAUUUCCCUAUACAAGACACUCAUGUACUUGUGCUGUGUCCUUAUGCUCCUCAUCCCUGUCUCCAUCAUCUCUGCCUCGUAUGCCCUCAUCCUGCACCUCAUCCAUAGGAUGAAUUCAGCCGAGGGCCGCAGGAAAGCCUUGGCCACCUGCUCCUCUCAUAUGGUGGUGGUGCUGCUCUUUUUUGGUGCUUCCAUCUACACCUACAUGCUUCCCAGUUCCUACCACACAGCUGAGCAGGACAUACUGCUGUCUGCCUUUUACACCAUCAUCACUCCUGUGCUAAACCCACUCAUUUACAGCCUCCGGAACAAAGAUGUCACAGCGGCCCUGAGGAACCUUAUGCCAUCAAGGUUGAACCUCAGAAAAGCUACAAAUGUGAAACCCUAG